AUGUCUGACUGGCGCAAGAGAAGGCAUGAGCUACUCGAGCGGCUGAAGGACCUGCCCGCCGUGUCGAGCCCGUCUACCGCGUCUCCCGAAGAACAGCUCCACUUGGCCUUGCUUGCAGCGGAACAGGACAAGCGAGAGCCGCCGACCCCGCUCAAACGCAUUCGCGGCGCCGCACUCACGCUCGACGACUUUCCACCUCUCUCAACGCUCUCGUCUUCUGGUUCUUUCAGCCGAGUCGAGCUUGUGCGGCCUUCCUCGGCGCUUACUGGCGAUGAAGGCUCGCGGAUGGACCGAUUGUACGUCAUGAAGACGCUUGACCGGAGGUGGGCGUUUCGAAUGAAGGCGCAACAAUCACCUCAACACGAACUAGCGAUCCUCCGACUCGGCCGCUCGAAAGACGCCUCAAGUCGAAUACCUCGCCUCAUCGCCUCGUUCCUCUCACCCACUUCCUUCCACAUCGUCAUCUCGCACGCAUCGGGCGGAGACUUGUGGACACUGCUGGAGAAGGUGAACGAAGACUUGGUCGUGGGAGAAGAGAGGGGCCUUUCGGAGGAUUGGGUGCGAGGGUGGAUGGCGCAGUUGCUGGAUGCUGUCGGGUGGUUGCACGGGAAAGGGUGGGCACAUCGCGACAUCAAGCCGCAAAACCUGCUACUCGACGCCUCAGGCCACCUCCAGCUCACCGACUUCGGCUCCGCCGCGCCCCUCUCUCCCAAUGCCUCCUCCAUCGCCCGCAAGUCCUGCCGCGCGCUCGUCGGUACGCCGGACUACAUCGCGCCUGAAGUCUUGCGACAUGCGGAGAAGGUCUUCCAGGAGGCGGAGGAGGAAGAGGAGGAUGGGGCUUUCGGGGCUGGCCCGUCGAAAGUGGCUGGCAAGGACGAAGAGAGGGCGUAUGGUGCUGAGGUUGAUGUCUGGUCUUCCGGGGUCGUUCUCUACGAGUUGCUCUACGGGAAGGUUCCCUUCUUCGCCGAGGAGAUCUCGGAUACGUACGAGCACAUUGUACAGUGGCAGAGCCACUUGACCUUCCCAACGACCGACAGCGUCUCGUCAGCCGCUGGUGAAGCAAUGCGCUGCAUGCUCGUCGACCCCUCGUCUCGGCCAUCCUUCGCGAAGCUGAAGUCGCUUUCCUGGUUCGCAAAAGUUGAUUGGGGCAAGCUGCGCGAGACGACUCCCGUCUACGUACCUCCUCCCGCCCCAUCUGGCUUGCCAUCUUCGCCCUCCUUCGUUCGCUCUCAGGCCAUCUCCGCCAGCUCUAUCGACUUCUCCUCCUUCUUCUCAUCGCCCGGCCUCUCCAUCCUGCGUCCUUCACCUAGUACAGCCGAUGGCGCAAGGCAGCAAGAGCGGGAGUACUGGGAGGCGCGCGAGUGGGGCGGGCUGCUCACGCUGCCGGACGCCAGUGAAUUCGACGCGACAGCUCCGAACCGCACGACCGGGAAUGCGCCCGUCGCAGCGCCCGAGCACGCCUCUUCCCGCCAAUUCCAGCCUCGCUCGACCUCGCCCUUCGAAACUCCCGCUCGACCACUCUCCCGCCUCCAGCAUCUCCAGCGCGGUACGACUCGAUCGGUCACGCAUGGUACGCCCGGCAGCAGCGGACGCUUGAGGCGGAUGAUCUCCGACAUCGACGCUUGGCGGGAGAUGCAGGAGCACGCUUGGUCGGUCGGCAUGUCGGCUCGCAAGGGCCAGCCGCAGAGUCAAGAAGCUGCUGCGGUGCAAGCCAAGCAGCUUACAGCCAACGGGAGGACGGCUGGUGGGGCUCGGAGCGAUUUCAAGGAGAACGAGGGCGUCUUGGGCGGACUGGAGAAGCGGCAGAAGGACGUUGUCCAACAGCUCGAGGACAUCGACCGGAAGUACGGUCGGCUGUUCGCGUUGGCUGAGCAGGUGGGCAAGAAGCUGUAG